AACUUGUGCCAUUCAUCAAUGAUUUUUCUUGCUCUCUUGUUUAUGAAUCACUGUUUUGCUGACCUUCGACAUGGCUACGCCAUGCUACAGUACGGACACAAAUUAGACAGAAGGAUGAUAACGUCGUAUGAUGGAUAUAGUAUUCUGGAUUGUGUGGAGGAUUGUCUCAGAACAACACGAUGUCGGUCCAUCAACUACCACCAGGGAGCCCACUUCUGUCAAACCAACUUUGAAAGCAGAGUAUCUACACCUGAUCUAUAUCUAGAAAAGCCUGGAUGGAUUUACAGUGAUAUAGAAGACUGGGACAGGGUCAUUGCAGGAGCGUGUUCGAUGUCAAAUUGUUCCAUGAAUGAAAAGUGCAUUCCAAAACCUUUUGAUCAGAUCACCUGUGUCAUUUCAGAUUGUGGUAUACCUUUAAAUGAAAGUUUCUCAAUGGAAAAGGUUAGGGAAUGGGAUGCCAUUGGUGUAGAAAGAGGAAUCCAUAUCACCUGUUCUGCCGGAUACAAGCAACAAGGUUCUGAGCGUUUUGUUUGUCGCCCUGAUGGAUCUUGGAUGACAGAUUUGAGUUGCACCAUGAGAAGUAAGAUAACGUGA